GCACGCUGAGGGAUCCGAGGAGUCCGCGUUCGGUAAUUAUCCGGGUGUUACCGCCAUGAUAGCACUCUGUGGGUGACGUAAGUGCGGCACAGCUCACCCGGAUACCAGAGGCAGUAUAUGAGUGCGCUGUGUACGCUGCCGCCAUGUCUGACGUUGAGGUUGUGGCGGACAUAUUGACGGAGGUGAUGCUGGAUGACCCCGCCCCCAGCGAUGCAGCGGCCUCCGAAACUUCCCCGGUGACCGUCGGGGCCACGGUGCCCACGGGCUUUGAAUUCACAGCGGCUGCAGAAGUAGAAGAGAAGCUGGGGCGCCCCUGUAAAAUCAGCAAAGACCGCGGCAAAAUCUACUUUGAGAUCAGCAUGGACUCACUGGCUCAGGUUCAUCGUCUAAAGUCGGUCGACAAUCUUUUUGUAGUCGUCCAAGAAUUUACAGAUUUCCCUUUCAAGGAGGCAAAGGAAGCCGCACUUGAGGAUUUCCAGGAGCUGGCUGCAAAACUGUCCUGGGAAAAAGCUCUGAAGACGUGGGAGCUAAACAACAACUUGAAGAAGAAAAAGAAGAGAAAGAAAACCGGAGGCUGCUGCAAAGAGAAGAAGCAGGCGGCGGCAGCAUCGGAGCUGCCAGCAGGAGACGGCGCAGAGGAGGCGCCACCUGCAGGACAGGAGGAGCGUGAGACGGAGGAUAGUCCAGCGGAGGACAGCUCUGAGGUGUCAGCUCAGUGCGCCAAUGACUCCCAAGAAAACAAAUCAGGCGACAGCACUGAGAGUAACGACGCCUUCCCCGAUGUCAGUAAUGUCCUGAAAUUCCGUGUCACCUGUAACCGGGCCGGAGACAAACACAGCUUCACGUCGAACGAAGCCGCCAGGGACUUUGGUGGAGCGGUGCAGGAACACUUCCAGUGGAAGGCGGAUAUGACCAACUUUGAUGUGGAGGUUCUUCUGAACAUCAGUUUUAAUGAAAUGUUGGUGGGAAUCGCACUGACCGAGGAAAGUCUGCACCGCAGGAACAUCACCCACUUUGGGCCCACGACUCUUCGCUCCACUCUGGCUUACGGGAUGCUCAGACUCUGUGACCUGGAGCCGUCGGAUGUCGUCAUCGAUCCAAUGUGCGGAACUGGGGCCAUCCCGAUAGAGGGUGUCAGUGAAUGGCCCGGCUGCUUCUUUAUUGCUGGAGACAAUAACCCGAAUGCAGUGAACAGAACCGCCAGCAACAUCGGCUCCCUACUGAGGAAGCAGCAGAGCGUGGACAGCGCCCCCCAGGGGCUUCCAAUAGAAACCAUUCACUGGGACAUUUCUCGUCUGCCUCUGAGGAGCGGGAGCGUGGACGUUAUAAUCACAGACAUGCCGUUUGGGAAGAGAAUCGGAUCAAAGAAGAAGAACUGGGACCUGUACCCGGCCUGUCUGCGAGAGAUGAGCCGCGUGUGCCGGGCCGGAACCGGACGGGCCGUUCUCCUCACUCAUGAUAGGAAAUGCUUCAUCAAGGCCUUGGCUAAAGCUGGGCAUCUAUGGAGGAAGAUGCACACGGUGUGGGUGAAUGUCGGGGGCCUGCACGCUGGCGUAUACCUGCUGAAAAGAACCACUCUGGACUUCUCUGACUGCUCCAGUGAGAGACUGGAGGAGAAUCAGCCCCUGAGCCCCAACUCGCCUGCCAAAGAAGAGUGAGGAGUGUGGCCUCCGCGGUGCCCCUCCAAGCAGAUGCCAAAAUACCAACAAACCCCAUCAGGAUGAAUCAUUACAAAAAAAGACAUUUCCCACGAAACUGUUCCGUAAAUACAAGUCCUUGAGUCGUUUCCUUCUGUCGGGUUGUUCUAUAUCCUUUUCAGCUGUGUUUCCCUUUAUAGGAAAGCUGGGUGGCACUAUGGCGGCAAUCAGAGCUCCUGCGGCACUGGUUUAUCCCCAGGUUUCCCAGAUUCUUGAACGCCAGACAUAAAAAAAUGGGAAAUGUCACUGCCUGUGCAGGUACAAGUCAUAGAUUCCACCCUUCUAUAUCACAGCAUAACACAGAUGGCUGUCACCCAGCUUUCCCAGAAAAAUAUAUAAUUAGGAAUAUGGGGAAUGUAGGAUUUUGGAGGCUGCUCCCUGUCUCCGUCUGUUUUGGAUAUUUACAGAUAUUAGACUUUUUUAUUUUAUAACGUUGGGUUUUGCAAAAAUAAUACUGGGCGCCCGAGUCCAGCAGCUUCCAGGGUUUGAGAAAGGUUAAGGCAUUGAGGGCCGGAGUCGGUGUGUUUUCGUGUUCCUUUGUUCUCUAGUUUAAUAGUUCCUUGGUUUUCCUAAAUAAUCUUUCGCCCACAAACGGCAGAGGCAACCAUAUGUAUGGGACAAACAUUAAAGGGUCUCUACGAGACCGGGAACCUUUUUUUUUAAUAUGGGCAGGCAGGGGUUAAAAAAAGAUAAAGUAGUCACCUGCACCAAGCUACCCUCUGCUCCUGAUCCCUGCUGGAGCGGAAUUGUGACGAGCCGUCUACGUGCACAUCGCCGCUGCUGGCAAAUCAGUGGCCUCAGAGCAGUGGUCAGAGGCCGGGCCUGCACACCUCACCACUGAGGCCAUCGAUCGGAAGUGGAGGAGUAGGAAGCAUGGCGCUCGAACAGAGCACUCCUGCACUCCACCUGCACAUAUUAAAAGGGGUUCUCCGCCUUGGAGAAACCCUUCAAAGGAGUACUUCACCUUUACCUAUCUGGACGUGGAGUUGCCUUUUAAAGUGGAUUUCCCACAAACAAUACUUAUCCACAGGAUAGAGGAUAAGUGAUCGAUGGGGACACGAGAAUGGGGGUCACGUAAUACUCCAUUUGUGUCCAGCGCUGCUCCAUUAACCUCUGCUGCGCUCUGUUAUCUCCGGCAGUCCCAUAGAGUUGAAUGGAGCAGCACAGCACGUGUGCACCUGCUGCUCCAUUCAAAUGGAGAAACACGAGACCCCAUUUAUGUGAUUGGUCGCGGUUCCAUCUGUCAGCCCCCCAGUGUUCAGACACUUAUCUUCUGUCCUGGUGAUAAGUUUUGUUUAUGGGAAACCCUUUUCAGUAAUUCGGUUUAUUUAGUAGGACUAGUGACAUCACAGAGGUACCAGGUUUGAUGAUGUGACUACCAAACGGUGAGGACAGCGAUAUAGACGCUUGUCAUUGUAUCUGCACAUCAUCUGCAAGUAUUUUCCUACUUGGAUUAAAGUUCUUUAUGUUA